CGCAGCAGGCCCCGCCCCCCUCAGGUGCGGCUCAUUAAAGAGCUGUGAAAGCGGAACGAUGGCGUCUGACCGUCUGAGCUGAAGGCGCGAAACUCAACCUGCAGAAAUGUCAACCAGCGGAGUGGAAACGGCAGCUCAGAGCCCGCGGCGCAACGCCAGCCUCUGUUUCAGCCCGUGGUCGUGUGUUUGUGUGAAGGGCUGGUCGGCGGCCAUGUGGAACGGCCUCCCCGACCCGCUGCUGGCCGCCGCCGCCUCCGGAUGCUCCACCCCCGAGCCGUGGCUCCUCCCCGGCUGCAGCUCCGUCUACGACAGCCUGGUCAGUAACGUCUCUCCGGUGCCGUCUCCUCCCGCUGCCAGCGGCCUGCGAGGACGAGAGAAAGCUGCCGGCAACAAACCCCGCAGGCCGUCUAUCCUGGAGCGCUGCAUCCUCAAAGUGUCCACCAGCAGUGUGGCGGUGGGGACGGACGACCUGGACAACAGGAGGCCGCCUCUCGGUCGCUGCUAUCCCCGCCUCCCGGACCCGGCCAACACCGAGACGAACGCUGCAGUUCUGAAGCGGCGGCAGAAACAGAUCCAGUACGGCAAGAACACCAGCGGCUACCAGAACUACCUGCAGCAGGUCCCCAGACACCUGAGGGAUCCUAAGCUCCACCCGUCCACUCCCAACAAGUACAGGAAGUACAGCCGGCGCUCCUGGGACAUGCAGGUGCGUCUGUGGAGGCGGGCGCUGCACCUGUGGGACCCUCCGACCGACGCCCAGCCGGACGCCGCCGACUCUCAGGACCCUGUGGAGCAACUGCAGAGCCAGCUGGCCAAGAUGACCUCGGACCUGUAUGAGGACGGAGGAGACAAGCAGAGAGAGAAGGAGACUCCAGCAGCCUCUAAAGCCUCCUCGGUGUCUUCUCUGUCUGCCGUGAUGUCCCUGGAGCUGCCUGGACCCUGGAACAGCCCCCCCUCGCCGCAGGACGCAGAGAUCGGCCACCGGCCUCUCCGCUCUCCUCCCGGCCUGAGCUACUCCUUCAGGAGUCAGCUGACCUCCGACGACAUGACCGACUGGCUCCGCCUCCUGCUGGAGGCCGACGACACCCGAGAGUGCGGCUCUGAUGACCAGCAGGUUCCCGUCUUCUCUGACCAGCUGUUGUGGAACCCGUACUGAUGGCGAGGUCCGGUCGCCUGUCGGCGCGUCUCGACUCCUCGGACGAGACGUCGUCUGGACCUCCCGUGACCUGCUGAUCCCGAACGUGUCGUGUCAAGUUUGUGGGCGUGGUUUCUGGUAUCCGCUAUAUUUGUCUUUUUAAGAUGGUUAACGACAGCAGGGAUGUGAUUGGUCCUUCAUCUGAGUCACAUCCACCCCUCUGAUCUCCACUCGGCGGGAGGAGCGCUGCGACCUGACGAGGACCCGCCCUCCUCUGCCGCAGCACCGGAAGGGUUGAUUUCCCGGCUGCACCUGAACGCGUCCUCGCUCGGGCAGCUGAACUCUGACCUGAGCAUGGUUCUAUAGUUUGCACUUGAUAGAUUUUUACUCUGGAGUUGGACGGCGUCAGAUGGAGCACCUCUCACCUCAUGUUUUACUUUAUGACCCUGCACUGAAGGAAAAGCUGCUCAUUUUUGUUAUUUUUGUACUUGAAGUCACUUAUUGGUCGGUUUGGUGUCACUUUCCCGCCUCCUGCAGGCGACCACCCUCACCUCCAUGCUCUGCUGUCUGGACAGGCUCCACCCCCUCUGUACCUCCAUGUUUUUUCUAAAAAACAACUGAUCGCUGGAGGAGGAAAGGCUGUCGCUUUGUGUUGUGAGUUUUCUUUUUACUUUUUGUGUUUUCUCAAUUUUGUCGUUUUGUGCUGCUUGACUGUUGAGAGCAAAGCUGAAAGAUGUGAUUAAUAAAGAUUUAAAUAAAGUGGUAUAAAUUCAAA